AGCUCAGCUAUAACGGCCGGCUCUGAGAGGAGCAGGAUUGCUACAUCCUGCCGGAAGACUAUCCCCCACCGGACCCCAGCUUCAGGCUGCCUUGUGGGACAGACUCACCCUCAGUCAUCGCGUCCGGGAGCUGGAGCCCAAGUCGGCUAGCCGAGAUGCCUGCUCUGGGCCAGGUGAUGGAGAACGGCCAGGUACUCCCGGCCUUCCUGCUCUGUAGCACACUGCUGAUCAUCAAGAUGUACGCGGUGGGUGUCAUCACAGGCUACACUAGGCUUCGGAAGAAGGCUUUUGCCAACCCCGAGGAUGCCCUGAGACAUGGAGGCCUCCAGUUCUACAGGAGUGAUCCAGAUGUGGAGCGCUGCCUCAGGGCCCACCGCAACGACAUGGAGACCAUCUAUCCCUUCCUCUUCCUGGGCUUCAUCUACUCCUUCCUGGGACCCACACCUUUGAUCGCCUGGAUACAUUUCCUUGUGGUCCUCACAGGCCGUGUGGUGCACACGGUAGCCUACCUGGGCAAGCUGAACCCGCGCAUCCGCUCUGGAGCUUAUGUCCUGGCCCAGUCUGCCUGUGUCUCCAUGGCCUUGCAGAUCCUCUGGGAAGCGGCUCACCACCUGUGACCAGUGCCUGAAGCCUCUGCAGCUACCACAUUGUGGACAGAAGCCACAGAGGCUGAACCUGGGGACUUGGGGUCCCUUCCAGAAUAGGGAUGGGCUGAGGUCCUGGGAUCCUGCCACCUAGGUGUGUUGGAUACCGGGCCAGCCCACGGAGAGACCUGGCUGCUGUGUGUCCCAGGAAGUCCUCACAAGAGGCCAAGCGAUAACCUGCUCCCUCUCAGGCUGUGGAGCUUGGGGACUUGCUGUUUUUCAGCAGUAGGCAGGUCUGCACGCCCCUGUUCCCUGUGGACACCUCCCUGUCCUUUGUUCCGAGUGCCUUAGGUAGGGCAGGCUUAGGAAUGGUGGGUGCUCACGGUAAGCUCUGCCUGCCUGGUCAAGGCCUUAGCUUCUUCAAAAGGCCGUCUGUCAGGGAUGGGCUUUGUCUGACCAACCACUGAAAGGAUUUGGGCUUCUUCAGCAUCUGUGAGGUUUGAAGAUGCCAAAUGUCCACCCCUGUGGAAAACCUCAUGUGUGUGGUGAUCCUCCAAAGUCCUAAGACCUGUUCAGGGUUAGUCAUUAAACAGCAAUGUGUGACCUGUGAA